GAUUUUAUUACUUAAAAAAACCAAAAUAAAAAUGCAUUAAAUUUCAGUAUAGAAUAUCAUUUAGAGUAGUGAACAAGAGUUUGGAAUUUUAAGAGUAACAAAGAAAAAAGUAAAAAACAAAGAGAAAAAAGAAAAAGGUAAAAAAAAAUCCAUUGGCGUAUGGUUUCGGUGGCCGUGGUGAGGAACAUGGAUUCUGCUCUCAGGUUAGAAAGGCUGUGCGGUUGGUGAAUCUGCGAGUUCGGCGGUCUGUGCGUCGAGUGUGGCAGCCCUUUUUCGUCGAGUGACGAUCGUUUUUAUUCCGGGUCUCCUAGGGCGAAAAUAUGACAAUGGUCUCGAAAACUGCCCUGGGGAUCGCCGCCGGCAUCUUUGGCACCCUCUUCGUCGGCUACUGUGUCUAUUUCGACAGGCAGAGGAGGAGCGACCCUAACUUUAAGAAGAAACUCAAAGAAACCUCACUGUGUUUGAUUACAGGAAGGAAAGCCAACAAAAUGAAAUCACAACAGAAAAAUCAGACUAAGUUCCCAGACUUGGCGAACCAUGAAGCAAUACAAGCUUUCUUCCUUCAUCAAGUUCAGUUAGGAGAAGAACUUUUGGGUCAAGGAGAUGUUGACGGAGGUAUCGAACAUCUCUGCAAUGCCGUCACCAUCUGUGGCCAACCAAACCAAAUCCUUGAAAUAUUACAACAGACACUGCCUCCAAAUUUGUUCCUUACUCUUUUGCAGCGACUUCCAAAUUCAAGUCAGAGGGUCAUGGAAGGUGGAGAAAACACACUGGUUGAAGACGAUGUUGAAUAAUUUUAAACUAAAUGUAGCAAAAUUAAGUAGGAACGUUUUUUUUGUUUGUUUUAAAAAUUUAUUUACUUAGUUUUACUUCCACUCAAAUUUUAUUGAGGUGUAAAUUUGUUCUUUUUUUUAGUCAUAAAUUAAAAAAAAAGUAUUUUUCAUUUUUGUUUUUAUUUUGAUAUAUUGUAAACUAAAAUGGUAUUGAAUUCAUGCCAUUUCUAACAAAACACCUUUAAACUAACAAAUUAACUGAGAGUUUUGUAAAUAUUGUUUUCUGUUUUGUCUGUUUUUAAUAUUUCUUCAUUAAGUGGAACUUGCUAAGCUGUUAUAGAAAAAUAAGGAAUAUGAACAGAAGUUAGUAGUUGAUAGAAGUCAACAAGGACUAUAGCAAUUUAGAUGAAAUUGUGUAGAAAGACCUUUACAUUUCUCAUGGCCAUGAUGAAUAAAUCUUAUAGAAAUGUUUAAGGGAUUCAAGUUAAAAAACAAAAGUUGUUAAUUUUCUUAAAUAUAAGCGUUUGAUUUGUGUACUUGGUGGUCUAUCAGGCAGAAGAAAUGUAGCGAUUUCUACAAUAUUUCAAUUUACCCAAAUCAAGAAGGGUUUAAGGGGAUUCAGAUGGCAUAAUGAUGAUUGUAUGAACACAGAGCAUAAUGAAUAUGUACAUGGUUGAAUAUAGUUAUAGUCACUUAAUGUCAUUACUCGCUGAAAAGUAAUGUAUAUUAGUCAUGUUAUGGUUUUGUCUUUUGAUCUUUCGGAAUGUAAGUCUUGAAUUGCUGAACUGAGACUCUUUCUAGAUGAUCUGGCCAUUUUAAGAUUUACUUAAAAAAUGGAGGCUUUGGAGCAAAUUAGUAAAUAAAUGAAUAGAUGGCUGAAGAGGUCAUAGUAGUUCAGCCUGUAAAAUAUAUAAAAUAGAGAGGAAUUUUGUUAAAAUAUGUUAGCAUGAUAAAGUUAUUGAUACGCUUUGAUAAUAAUGCUCUGGUUUUUCAUUCUAAUAAAGACAAAUUAAUUUUUAAAAUUAAUAUUUAUCUAUUUGUAAUGUUUGUUUUUUACAACAAUAUUUUUGUCACACUAUAUAAGUGUAAGCGAUGCACACUCAAAUGGAUAUAUUUUCCUGAAAUUGUUGUUGAGACUAAAAAUAAAAUUAUAUUCAUUUA